AUGACCAGGAAAACUGCAAUUGGUAUUGAUCUUGGAACAACAUAUUCAUGUGUUGCAGCCUGGUUCGAUAAGCACAAUCGUGUCGAGAUCAUCCCUAAUGAACAAGGUAACAAAAUUACUCCGUCAUGCCUUGCAUGGGAUGCAAUAGAAAUGCUAGUAGGGGAAGCCGCUAAAAACCAAAGCAUCUGGAAUCCUAAAAACACUGUUUUUGAUGUUAAACGUUUAAUGGGAGCUAGAUUCAGUGAUGGUAUAGUGCAAAAAGACAUUGACACAAGACCGUUUAAGGUUAUUGAAGGGUCUGGGGAGAAUCCAAUCAUUGUAUUUGAACACGAGUCCUUAGAAAAGAAGUUUUCAACAGAAGAAAUAUCUUCAAUGAUUUUAAAAAAUUUGAAAGAGGCUGCUGAAGCAUUUCUUGGAACAACAGUUACUGAUGUAGUGAUCACUGUUCCUGCGUAUUUUAGUGAUAAGCAGCGCCAGGCAACCAUGGAUGCUGGUGUGUUGGCGGGCCUUAACGUCAUGCGCUUGAUCAAUGAGCCAACGUCAGCCGCAAUUGCUUAUGGUUUAGAUAGGAGUGCUGACAUAAACUGUCCAGAAGAGAAAAAUGUUUUGAUAUUUGAUUUGGGUGGAGGAACUUUUGAUGUCGGUGGGUGGUGA